UGUAAUUAUACUCUUCACUAUGUCACCAAACACUUCAUAAUCACAUGCUUCCACUUUCUAAUAAGAAUUGACACCUUUCUUUAACUUUAAGUGCCUUAUACUCUUCCAUCAACAUCAUCUCUGUACUUUUGUACACUGAAUUAGUAUUAUAGCUGACUGUUGGAAGCACCCCAUUUGAAAUCUUGAAGUGAAGCUUGAAAAUAAGCAAUACCCACUUGAGAAAAUCCAGUAAUGGCACCUGGGUCGAGCUCAAAAACCCUAGCUGCUAAGUUCAAGAAGCAAAAGGGCACGGGUUCGAACCCUCCAAACAACGACCACAUUGAAACAUUUGUUCCAAAGAGAGAUCAUGAUCCAAGAGAUUUGAGAUCUUGGGCUAAAAGAACUGGUUUUGUGUCUAUUUUCUCUGGUGAAACAGCUGCUUCAACUUCAACUUCAACUUCUGGGAAUUUUAGAAAUGAAAGAGGUAGAAAUGUGUUUGAUUUGGGAAAGGGAAACAGAAACACCAUUGAGGAGGAGAGAGAAAACAGUAGAGUGGACAAAGAUGCUGGGAAUGAAGAAAGAAGGGGAUUUAAUGGGAAUGGGAAUGGUAAUAAUGAUUUGGGCUCUAUAAAUGAAGAAAGAAGAGUUGGAGUAGAUGAGAAUAAUGUUAACAAUGGAGGUGGGAAUGGGAAUGGGAAUGGAUUUUCUCAGACUGAAAAAGAGGAGUUUGAUGGAGAAAAUGGAGUGGGUUUUUAUGACAGGUCACCUAAUAAUCCAGAAGACCCAAUUUUUGGAAGGCAUCCUAAGAUUUUCAAUGUUAAAUCUGGGGUUUUGGAUAAUCCGGGUUUUGUCCCAGUUAUCUAUUAUGGCAUGCAGCAUUAUCUGUCACUUGCUGGUUCACUUGUUUUGAUUCCUCUUAUAAUGGUACCAGCGAUGGGUGGAACUGAUAAAGAUACGGCAAGUGUGAUGUCCACAAUGCUGCUUGUGUCUGGCAUCGCAACGCUGCUGCAUUCAUUCUUUGGGACUCGUCUUCCACUGGUACAAGGAAGCUCAUUUGUAUAUUUGGCACCAGCACUAGUUAUUAUGAACUCCCAGGAGUUUCGCAACCUUACACAACAUAAAUUCAGGUACAUAAUGAGAGAACUGCAAGGGGCUAUAAUAAUUGGAUCACUUUUCCAGAGCAUAAUGGGAUUCAGCGGCCUCAUGUCUUUAUUAUUAAGGCUGAUAAAUCCAGUUGUAGUUGCACCAACUAUAGCUGCUGUAGGAUUAGCUUUCUUCAGCUAUGGGUUUCCUCAAGCUGGUAGCUGCGUUGAAAUAAGCAUGCCCCAGAUACUAUUGGUUUUAAUUUUCACUCUGUACAUUCGAGGAGUAUCUAUUUCAGGACAUCGAGUAUUCCAAAUAUAUGCGGUGCCACUCAGUAUUGUGAUUGUAUGGGCAUAUGCUUUCUUUCUGACUGUUGGUGGAGCCUACAACUUCAAGGGUUGCAGCCCCAACAUUCCAAGUUCAAAUAUCUUGAUUGAUGCGUGUGUAAAGCAUGCAUAUACCAUGAAGCAUUGCCGGACAGAUGUUUCAGAUGCAUGGAGUACUUCUCCAUGGGUCCGUGUUCCAUACCCACUACAGUGGGGCAUUCCUAUCUUCCGCUCCAGGACUUCUAUCAUCAUGAUCAUUGUCUCGCUUGUUUCAUCAGUAGAUUCGGUUGCAACAUAUUAUAACACAUCAUUAAGAGUCAACUCAAAGCCUCCAACCCCUGGAAUUGUGGCUAGAGGAAUUGGGAUGGAAGGUUUUUGCAGUUUAUUGGCUGGACUAUGGGGUACUGGAACUGGAUCAGCAACACUAACCGAGAAUAUGCAUACAAUCAGCAUAACUGAGGUUGCAAAUCGAAGGGGUGUACAGCUUGGCUCUGUCCUUAUUAUCUUGUUAUCUUUUAUAGGAAAAGUGGGCGGUAUUCUUGCUUCCAUUCCCCAAGCACUUGCUGCUUCUGCGUUGUGCUUCAUUUGGGCCCUCACUGUAGCUCUCGGUCUCUUAAAUAUGCAGUAUACUCAAGCGUCUAGUUUCCGGAACAUGGGAAUAGUUGGUGCUUCUUUGUUUUUUGGGUUGUCCAUCCCUGCAUACUUUCAGCAAUUUGAGCCUGAGAUCAACCUGAUUCUACCGAGUUAUUUGAUUCCAUAUGCAGCAGCAUCGAAUGGGCCAAUUCAUACUGGCAAUCAUCAACUUGAUUUUGCAAUGAAUGGUCUCUUGUCCAUGAACAUGGUGGUGAGCUUCUUGAUAGCAUUUGUGCUAGACAACACUGUUCCUGGCAGCAAACAAGAACGAGGGAUAUAUAGGUGGUCAACUUCUGAAGAUUUGGCUUCAGAUGCUUCUUCUCAAGCUAGUUACAGAUUGCCCAGUAGAGUGGCUAGUGUUUGUUGCUGGGCAAAAUGUUUAGGUGUAUGAUCUGAACAGUUGGUUCUUCGCUGCUUUUUUUGUGCAUUUGCUUUAUUUAUAAGCUCAACUGGGUGAUGGAUUUUCUACAGUUCAUUCACCCGAUUUUGGGAAGAUUACAUGAGCUUACAUUGUGGGAAACGAUUUAGUAGUCUAUUAUUAUUGGCACAAAAAAGUGUAUGUUACAUGCCAUACAGGAGUAGAUUGUGAAGCGCAAAUCAUUUUAAAGAGCGGUUUGUGUUUAUUCAGGAAGAUUGUAAUUCAAAAAUGAAUGAAAAAAGAAGUUUCAUUUGUA